AUGGCAUCCACCAGGAAUGUGGAUCGGGAGGUGAAUGGGCAUCGCUUUGACCAUCCAGUGAUGUACCUGGUCGCAUUAAGUCCUGUAUUAAAUAUGUCUGUAAAAGUAAGGAGAGCCUUGGGUCCAUCUGACUUGGCUUCUCCAGCUGGAAUGUCUGAGGCUCAGCUACAGGGAGUUAGUGGGAUAUUUAAUUUCAUUUCAUCACAACAGAGUGAUGACAGGAGAGCUGUGAUCCUGGCAGUCCCAAAAGCCAAGAUAUUUAUGGCUGAAGACACUGAGUUUCUUCCCUCUGUUUUCCUCGCAGGUGUGUUACUAGACAUCCAGCAGCACUUUGGAGUCAAAGACAGCGGGGCCGGCUUGUUACAGACAGUUUUCAUCUGUAGUUUCAUGGUUGCGGCACCUAUCUUUGGUUACCUCGGUGACCGUUUCAACAGAAAGAUCAUUCUCAGCUGUGGGAUCUUCUUUUGGUCAGCUGUCACUUUCUCAAGCUCCUUCAUCACGGAACAGUAUUUCUGGCUUCUUGUGCUCUCGCGAGGUUUGGUUGGUAUCGGUGAAGCAAGUUACUCCACUAUUGCACCCACCAUCAUAGGAGACCUUUUCACCAAAAACACGAGGACCCUAAUGCUGUCCGUUUUCUACUUUGCCAUUCCUCUUGGCAGUGGCUUGGGAUACAUCACUGGGUCAAGCGUGAAGCAGGUUGCUGGAGACUGGCACUGGGCGUUGCGGGUAUCUCCGCUCCUGGGAAUGAUAACAGGGACACUCAUCUUGAUAUUCGUACCUGCUGCUAAAAGAGGAAAUGUUGAACAACUUGGGGGACAGCUGAAGGCUCGGACCUCCUGGCUAAGAGACAUGAAAGCACUGAUUAGAAACCGCAGCUACGUGUUCUCAUCGCUGGCCACCUCAGCUGUCUCCUUUGCCACAGGGGCCCUUGGCAUGUGGAUCCCUCUCUACCUGCACAGAGCGCAGGUCGUGCAGAAGACGGCAGAGACUUGCAGCUCACAGCCCUGCGGCACCAAAGAUAGCUUGAUCUUCGGAGCAAUCACAUGCUUCACUGGCUUCCUGGGUGUAAUCACAGGGGCUGGGGCAACCAAAUGGUGCCGGUUAAAAACCCAGCGAGCUGAUCCCCUUGUCUGUGCCGUUGGCAUGCUCGGAUCAGCCAUCUUCAUCUGUCUGAUCUUCGUUGCUGCCAAGAGCAGCAUUGUGGGAGCCUACAUUUGCAUUUUUAUCGGAGAAACUCUUCUGUUUUCAAACUGGGCUAUCACAGCAGACAUACUAAUGUACGUGGUCAUUCCAACACGCCGUGCAACCGCCGUGGCCUUGCAGAGUUUCACUUCACACCUCCUGGGAGAUGCUGGCAGUCCUUAUCUGAUUGGAUUUAUCUCAGACCUAAUACGACAAAGCACAAAGGAGUCCCCAGUCUGGGAGUUCCUCAGCUUGGGGUACGCACUCAUGCUCUGCCCGUUUGUCGUUGUCCUAGGAGGGAUGUUCUUCCUGGCCACAGCCCUCUUCUUCCUAAGUGACCGAGCCAAAGCUGAACAACAUAAAGAAACCGAUUCGGACCACCUCACGGUUGGCAACUACAGUAAUUCAGAAGACGCUUCCACAUGA